UUUGCCGCCUGCCGCCCCGGAGGUUUCAAUUCUUCUCAUCUGGUCCAUCGUCUAUUUCGUUUUGGUCUUUCUACAUCUCCUCCAUAUCCUUGUCUUCACCUUCACAUAGAACUGAACUCGGUUCCCCCUUGAUAUAGCCCUGAAUGCUUCGGGCUUCGUGGCGGUCCGCCGUGACCCCCACGAGGGGUCACGUCUGCUGGUCGUGUCUUUCCCGUGGCUUGACUGCGCCUCCGCAUCAGCAGUUGUGGGCGCGUUCUUUCCAGAGCAGGUCUCGCCUGCGCUCCCAGGCUUCAGCUAGCACCGAGACUGAGAGCCUGCCUAAUCCUCCGGCUCCCAAUCAGUCCGACAUUAAUCAACAGCCUGGAUCGGAGCCGCAGUCAGGAUCGCAUCCUAAGGCUGAUCACAAUGAGGUCUCCAAAGAAGACGGCUUGCCCAAAGAAGCUUCUGACAAAAAGGAGCCGGAUCUUGAAUCACCCGGGGGAAGGACUCUGGUUUUUGCUAGAACAACACAAACCACUUCCGGUCAACUCAAAGCGCGACAAUCUCUAAAACCGCUCCCAGUGAAAACAGCGGAUGUUCCCGGCCUAGCAUUUGGACUGGAUCGAGUUUUGUUCAACCAGGGAGUUUACACGCUGCGAGACCCAAGAUCCAGAGUUUACAACUUCGAUCCGUACUUGGGUUCCAUUAUGCCGGUUACCGAAUUUGACUUCCAAGCUUUGAAAGAUUACAUCACAUCCUCCAAGGAUAAACAAUUGCAGUCGCUCGCGCGCGAGGCGGGCAGGAAAUAUAUUGGAUCCUCUUCGAGUAUGACUUCCGUGCUAUCGCACUUUCACUACCUGCUGUCCGCUUGGCGACCCGUCGACACUAGCAGCUUGUCUCAGGGCUUCAGUGAGGAAUUGAAGACCUUCACGCGGCUCUUGCGAGCGCCUGCCGCCAUGUUCCUGCACUAUCAGGACGGCGUCUAUGCUAUUGAUGCCGACAAGGAAUUCGACACAGCAAAUAUUUUAAUGAACCUGGGUAAAUCGAUGGAGAAGCUACUCACGCUGCCCAAGUCGGAUUUUGAGCGCUAUCGACGGUCCAGCGCCAACAAGAUCACCCCCGAGGAAGAGAAUGCGAUACCGGAAUCUUACCACUAUUCGACACUCGGCGACUUCCUUAUGCGUUCGCAAUUAGACGCGCACGAUCCACGACUCCCCGGUACCGGCAUGUUCGAUCUGAAGACCCGUGCCGUGGUGUCAAUUCGGAUGGAUGCGCGUAACUUUGAGCAUGGCCUGGGUUAUGAGAUCCGCCGGCCCCUCGGGCUGUACGAAUCGUAUGAGCGUGAAUAUUAUGAUAUGAUUCGAGCUGCCUUCCUCAAGUACUCGCUGCAGGUACGCGUCGGGCGUAUGGACGGCAUUUUCGUGGCAUUCCACAAUAUCGAGCGUAUCUUCGGUUUCCAAUAUAUUUCCUUGAACGAGAUGGACAAGGCGCUACACGGCCAAUUCAAACUCGACUUGGGUGAUCGCGAAUUCGAACUCAGCAUUCAGCUUUGGAAUGACAUCCUGAACCGUGUCACGAAAGCCUUCCCUCAGCAGUCACUUCGUUUCCAUUUCGAAACACGUGGUAAUCGCCCUGGCGCGAAGCCCCACAUGUAUAUCUUCGCGGAACCCGUCACGGCAGACGAAAUCGCGGCAAUACAGAACAAGAACAAGGAGGCCAUUGACGCCUAUCAGAAACGCGUUUUGAAUUUGCCCGAUGAGCCGGUGGUGGAGUCGGCCAAGGACGAAGGCGAUGAUGAGGCCGUCGAGGAUGAAGAUCCGAAAUAUGACAGUACCUUGAAAGACCCUACUGACGCCGUGGCUGAGGGGGCGGAAGAUGAGGAUUACUUCUGUCUGGACAGCAAGCCUGAAAUUGAUACGACCAAGAAGCUCUUUGCUGUUGUGCUCACAAUCGACAAUUACGUGAACGAUAAGUUGGUCCCCAGACCUGAGAAUUUCGGUAAGAAGGAUAAGUGGGAGGUCUCUUACAAGAUCCAUCACCUGGACCCAGAGGAUUCGCAGACGCAUCGGAUGUAUGCUCAUUGUCAGAAACGUCGCCGGGAAGCUCUCGAUUUCGGGAAAUCGGACGGACUCACUCCCUAUCUAAAGAAGCUCCGUUCAAUUUCUCAGGCUGGUCGCCGUUACCGCGAGCGGGAGAAUCAACGCGAUCGGAAAAACGCGCCUGUUGUCUAUCGCACUCUCCCCCCUACGGGCAUUGGUUCUCCUAUCAAGGUACAUGUCCGCCACCUAAAGUUGACUGAGAAGGGCAGUAAACAGGCUGCCAAAAAACCUCACAAGAAGGCUUCCCAGAAGCAUACCACCAAGCCCGCCGGCAAACCUCGGCCCACCAAGAAGACCAGCGAGUCCCCUCCCGAGCCAGAGCCAUCUGCUGAGCAGCCUGCCCAGCAGACCUCCACUCAGGAGAAUUAGCCAUCGGAGGAGUCCAGAUCUCAUCAAAUCCCACCGCCAUUACCACCACUACCAUCAUCAUCAUCAUUCAGUCGAAGAAUUCGGUCGGAAAACUCCUUGGCAUGUAACUUUCACCAAAAUCAACUCAUCUUCAGAUAGGGGCCUGUGUAAUUUCAACGCGCAUAUUUGUGCUGGAUAGGAGUUGAAUGAUUCCCAAGAUUAGAAAGCAAUUGAUUUUCCUCUUGUCCAUCUACUAUUGAGUUUCUUUCGUCGGAUCUAUAUAAUAC